CAGUAGGUCCAGUGAGCUGCACCUGAGUGUUACCUUCGUCUGAGUGUGUACUGCAGCGUGCUUCGGGUAGCUUGAAAGUUGAGUAGUCUAACGACGCACAGUCUUUCAAAAUGGCAAAAUCGACGGCGAUUGGUAUUGACCUGGGCACCACUUACUCAUGUGUGGCAGUGUUUCAACAUGGCAAGGUGGAGAUCAUCGCGAACGACCAGGGCAACCGGACCACGCCCAGCUACGUGGGCUUCACCGACACGGAGCGGCUGAUCGGAGACGCCGCCAAGGGACAGGUGGCCAUGAACCCCAAGAACACCGUGUUCGACGCUAAGCGGCUCAUCGGCCGGCGCUACGACGACCCCAAGAUCCAGCAGGAUAUGAAAAACUGGCCUUUCAAGGUCGUCAACGAGACUGGUAAACCCAAGAUUGAGGUAGAGUACAAGGGAGAGAUGAAGCGGUUCACGCCCGAAGAGAUCAGCUCGAUGGUGCUGACCAAGAUGAAGGAGACGGCCGAGGCGUAUCUUGGCACGUCCAUCAAAGACGCUGUCAUUACGGUGCCGGCCUAUUUCAACGACUCCCAGCGCCAGGCCACCAAGGACGCCGGCAUGAUCACCGGUCUGAAUGUCAUUCGCAUCAUCAACGAGCCGACAGCAGCCGCGCUCGCCUACGGCCUCGACAAGAAGCUCAGCGGCGAGAAGAACGUCCUCAUCUAUGACCUGGGCGGCGGCACGUUCGACGUCUCCAUCCUAAGCAUCGCCGACGGCUCCAUGUUUGAGGUCAAGUCAACGGCUGGAGACACGCACUUGGGCGGCGAGGACUUUGAUAACAAGCUUGUUGACCAUCUCGUGCAAGAGUUCAAGCGGAAGCACAAAAAAGACAUGUCGGGCAACGCACGUGCCAUUCGUCGCCUGCGUACCGCCUGUGAACGGGCGAAACGCACCCUUUCCAGCAGCACCGAGGCCAACAUCGAAAUCGAUGCACUCUUUGAGGGCAUCGACUUCUACACCAAGGUGACGAGGGCGCGAUUCGAAGAGCUGAACAGUGAGCUUUUCCGCAGCACACUGGAGCCAGUAGAGAAAUCGCUGCGGGACGCCAAGCUGGACAAGUCUGCCAUCCACGAGAUUGUCAUGGUUGGUGGCUCGACACGCAUUCCCAAGAUCCAGAAGCUUCUUCAGGACUUCUUCAACGGUAAGCAGCUAAACCUCAGCAUCAACCCGGACGAGGCGGUGGCGUACGGUGCUGCCGUGCAGGCAGCCAUCCUGUCUGGAGACACCAGCUCUGCCAUCCAGGACGUGCUGCUGGUGGACGUGGCGCCACUCUCGCUCGGCAUCGAGACGGCCGGCGGCGUCAUGACCAAGCUGAUCGAGCGCAACAGUCGCAUCCCGUGCAAGCAGCAACAGACGUUCACCACGUACUCCGACAACCAGCCGGCAGUCAGCAUUCAGGUAUACGAAGGCGAACGCGCCAUGACCAAGGACAACAACCUGCUGGGAAAGUUUGAGCUCACCGGCAUCCCGCCGGCGCCGCGCGGCGUGCCCCAGAUCGAGGUCACUUUUGACGUCGACUCCAACGGCAUCCUGAAUGUCUCCGCCGAAGAUAAGUCCACCGGACGCACCAACAAGAUCACCAUCACCAACGACAAGGGCCGUCUCAGCAAGGCCGAGAUCGAGCGGAUGCUUGCCGAGGCGGAGAAGUACCGCGAAGAGGACGAGAAGCAGAGGGAGCGUGUCGCCGCACGCAACCGUCUCGAGGCGUACGCGUUCUCGGUCCGCCAGGCUGUGGACGAGGCUGGCGCCAAGGUCAGCGACGCGGACCGUCAGCUGGUGAAGGACGCCGUGGCCGCCACGCUCAAGUGGCUCGACGAGAACUCGCUGGCCGAGAAGGACGAGUUCGAGCACCAGUACAAGGAGCUGGAGGACAAGUGUCGUCCGAUCAUGACCAAGCUGGCGCAGGGCGGCGGACAGCAGCCUGGGGGACCGACCGUGGAGGAGACCGAAUAGGCGCCUGUCGUCCCUGUAUCGCGAGAAUUCGGUUUAUUUCAUUUCUCCUAGGUCGGAGAUUAGCAGAACUGAGAAGAGCUACAGAAGCACAUCAAUAUCCAGCGUGGAGCAUAUAUAAUGUUUCGACGAUUCAUAUAUGAAUGUAUCACUAACGCGGUACUGAGGUCGUCCCGUCUGCUGGAAGGCUGUGCCUUUAUGACAUUAUGUAGAAUCUGUGCAAUGCUGCUGGUAGGUUGUUUCUUAUUUGUUUAAAAUAAUUCAAUGCAUGCGCUUUAGCUGACAUUAGGGACGGUUAUCGGUCGCUAUUGUUUGGACGAUAUUUUGUGCAUUGUGUGAGACUUGGUUGCGUUCUCUGUGAGGUGCUAAACAAAAUGUUUCUGCAUAAUAAUACAAUACUGAGACUAGUCAA